CCCAGAAAAUCAAUACGAAAUUCAAAAUGUCAAAAUAAAAUUGACAAAAAUAUUUGGGUUGUGCGUGUUUGACGUCGUAUUUUCAACAGUUUGUUGUAUUCGGAGUUCUUGGACCUGCUGAAAAUUGUGAAAGUAAUGUUCUAAAUAAAUAAUUUCAAAAUGGAUGUGUUAGUUACGUUAUUCUACAUUCUGUUCUCAAUAUGUGUCGUCUAUCCGCCUACGGAGUUCGUGUCUGCCGGUUUCACUAUAGCUCAGCUGUUCGAGAAUUUCCUUGGAUCUGAGAAUAUGAACUUUAUUGGGUAUCAUAUGAAGAGGACGACUAUAACUGCGUUGAUUCACUCUGCUCUGCCUCUUGGGUACAUCUUCUGUCUGCUGUGUGCGGGGGAGCGCAACCCUUGGUUGCCUGCGGCGGCGGCUGCGACGGCCAUUAUUCCGUUGCUGAUGUGCUACAGGCUGUUGUGCUGGUGGGAGAACGACCAAGCGAAGCACCCUGUAGUUAAGGCUCUGAUUCCAUAUGUGACACCCGGUAGCGACUGGCGAGUUGUGGCUGCUCAUCUCAACAUUGAAUUCAGGAAUGUGGACAAAGUGUCCAUCCAGCUGAACGCUACGAGCAGGUUCGUGGCCAUGGAGACGUGGCUGAUCAAGCUGACACAGUACAGGCUUAACGUUGUCAAGCAAGACGACUGCACCCUUGUUGCUACUGCCACCGACAGCCACAACCUUACCCCAACCGGCGAAGACGAGAUCCAAUACGUCAACAUAGAGGCCAUACCCACCCGUGACGACAUCAAGCGCUUUACAUUCCGCAUCUCGACGACCGCUCUCCGUGACUUACAGCCCAGGCUCCAGCAACCAGUGAGGGUUCCUGACCACAUCUCGUUGAUGCCCACACUCAUUGAGCGAUUCGUUAACGUCUUCAAGCACUAUGUCGACCAGAAUCCUGUUUAUCUUGUUGAUCAGGAGCUAGAGUUGUGCAUCGGCUGCAUGCAGUACCCGGCGGACGUGAAGCUGAACCGUCGCUGCCAACCCCCGCCGGCGCACGUGCGGGGUGGACCGCGUCAGUGCCAGCAGUGCAAUUGCCGCGUGCUGUGGUGCUGCGCGUGCAUGGGCCGCUGGUGGGCGACGCGCGCGUCGGGCCCGCCGGCGCGCUGGCUGUCGGGGCGCGCCACGUGCCCCGUGUGCCGCGCCACGUUCUGCCUGCUGGACGUGUGCCCGGCGCGGCUGGCGGCGUCCUGAGGCCCGCGGCCGCGCGUGCUGCUGACGUUCACGGCCGUGGCCUACAGCCGCUAGCCGACACAGCGCGUGCGAACACACAGGUGCACUCAAUCGCAUUCCAAAAUAGAACACCUUGCUUUCUUAUUCGGACUUCUUUGUCAUUCUUUUUAGGGUUUCGUACCUAAAGGGUAUAGGACGUAGAUAAAUAUUUUCGGUGAUUCCCGUACCUCUAGUGUGUUUUUUACUCGAUAUUGAUAUUACCUAUCUAAAAAAAAAUACUUGAGGGAGCUUCUAAAGAUGGUACGGAAACCUUUGUCCGCGAGUUCGAUUAACACAUAGCCGAUUUUUUUGCUGACGUAAACCUAGUGGUUUGAAUUUAUGGCUCAGGCGAUUUUAGUUAUAUGAUGACGACUUAAAUGCCCAAGUAAUAGAAAGCACCUGUUUUAUUCAUGUAAUAAUCGAUUAAAAUAAUGUUUGCCAUGUAAAAAAUAGUAGUUGCACAAUUUAUGUAUGUACCUUUUUAUAUUAUUUUAAUUUCAAUUUUAUUGUUGACAGUGAAUUACUUGUUAUCUCGUUUAAGUUACAAAUUCAUAAUAAUUAUCGUUUUAUCCUUUGCAAUUUUUAUCGUUAAUGAAAUAUUUUCCAAAGAGUCUUGUAUUAACAUUAGAAUUGAUGUAAUCAAUCACUAUAAUGCAGUAUACCAUUGAUGUCUAUAAUCAUGAUUAUUAAUAUAAAGUGCAACUAAUCACUCAGUGUCGUAGAUAGUAGGAGAUAAUAUUUGAGGAAGGCUUGUCCGAUGUAAAUCUAAUGCAGAAUUUAAGACAAUAAUGUGUUUUCUUAGUGAAGUCUCUAAACUCGACUAAAGAAAUAGUUUAGACUGAUCGUGUGGGAUUUGGUCAUACAAGCCUGCUUCAAAUAUUAAUCUUGAAUGUAUUUUAAUAUAGCUGCAUAAUUUAUUAUACAAUUUUAAUGAACUUGGAACUGAAAAUGUGUAAUUUUAACUUUGAAUGUGUAGAUAUUGCUGUAAGUGGCGUAAAAAUCAUAGUAGUGUGAUAGUGAUGUGAAUAAUCGACUAAAAUCAAAUUUGAGUCGAUUUUGCACAUUAUUUAGUUAGGUUAAUUACAUUAUUGUGUAAUUUUACAGGUAUUUUAGUACCUUUAUGCAUUUUGGAAAUCAGGGGAUGUCUUGAUCUUUCUUCGACAUUUUACAUGUAGGAGUAUUAUAAUCACCUAAUUGUAAUCAAAUUAUAUUGGCAUAAUAACUGUCUAUUUAUGAAUGAUCUGAUAUUGUAUUCAAUUAAUCACAAAUACAAUUCUUAAUGUCAUGGUCAA